UCAGAUCUGGCACCGCAGGACGCGCACAAGUCAGUGGAGUCAGUCCCCUCCUGCUUCCUUCAACAUGCAUCCAACAAGACUCACAACUCGGCAGUGACAAGUGUUUUCCAAAAGUGGCGAGUGUUUAUCCGUGUGAGCGAGCAGAUUGUGCGCAAAAGAAAAAGAGUGAAAUCGAGGAGCAAAGCUGUGCGUAUUUUUCCUGCGCUUUUUUUCUUUCCUCCGCUGGGAGCCAACAAAAAAAAAAACAGGCGGAGUUGAGCCUUUCUGGAGGAUUUUUUUCUUUUCUUUAUUCGUUUAAAGGGGGAAUAUUUUGUUCCAAGUCUUUUUCACCGACAUGGAGUACACGUCAUCCCCGAAACCGCAGCUCUCAUCCCGGGCAAACGCUUUCUCCAUAGCCGCCCUGAUGUCCAGCGGAAAGCCCAAUAAGGACAAAGAGACGGAGGAGAACACCAUCAAGCCUCUCGAACAAUUUGUGGAAAAGUCCUCGUGCAACCAGCAGUCUCUCGCGGACCUGUCCUCCCUGGACGGGCACGGGGACUUCAGCGGGAGCGCGCCCGCGGUGUGCACGGAGCCGCUCAUCCCCACCAAUCCCGGCAUCCCUAGCGAGGAGAUGGCGAAGAUCUCGUGCAGCCUGGAGACCAAAGAGCUGUGGGACAAGUUUCACGAGCUCGGCACCGAGAUGAUCAUCACCAAGUCUGGAAGGAGGAUGUUCCCCACCAUCCGGGUCUCUUUCUCCGGGGUGGACCAGGACUCUAAGUACAUCGUGUUGAUGGACAUCGUCCCGGUGGAUAAUAAGCGGUACCGGUACGCCUACCACCGCUCCUCCUGGCUGGUGGCCGGAAAGGCCGACCCUCCUCUGCCCGCCAGGUUGUACGUCCACCCGGACUCACCGUUCACCGGAGAGCAGCUCAUGAAGCAGAUGGUUUCCUUCGAGAAAGUCAAACUGACGAACAACGAACUGGACCAACACGGACAUAUCAUCCUCAACUCCAUGCACAAGUACCAGCCGCGGGUCCACAUCAUCAAGAAGAAGGACCACACCGCCUCGCUGCUCAACCUCAAGUCUGAAGAGUUCCGCACCUUCGUCUUCGUCGAGACCGUCUUCACGGCCGUCACGGCCUAUCAGAACCAGCUGAUCACCAAACUGAAGAUUGACAGCAACCCGUUCGCCAAAGGUUUCCGGGACUCGUCGCGGCUGACAGAUAUGGAGAGCAGGGAAAGUGUUGAGAAUCUGAUCCACAAGCACUCAUACGCCCGGUCGCCGAUCCGAACCUACGCUGGCGACGAGGAGAACCUGAGCGAGGACGGACACUCGGCCCACAGAGGCUCAGCGUUCACCGCCUCAGACAACCUGUCCCUGAGCUCCUGGGUGACUACCACUUCGGGUUUCUCGGGCUUCCAGCACCCACAGUCCCUGUCGGCCAUGGGCACCGGCACCGCCUCCCUGCCCCACCCCAUCCAGGGCUCCCUGCCCCCCUACAGCCGGCUGGGCAUGCCGCUGACGCCCACCGCUCUGGCUGGAACCAUGCAGGGCAGCGGGCCGUCCUUCCCUUCCUUCCAUAUGCCCCGCUACCACCACUACUUCCAGCAGGGGCCCUAUGCCGCCAUCCAGGGACUCCGCCACUCCUCCACGGUCAUGACGCCCUUUGUAUGACUCUGUCCUGGGGAGGAGACGGCCGAUCCUCACUCUGAUGCUCAUCCCCAAUCCAGUGCAACCAGUUAUUCCUCCGCUCCGGCUCAUCACUCCUCAUCCUGUUGGUAUCUGUCCCCCUGGUCUUUGUAAAUAGUUCACCUGCAGUGAGUGAGGUGAAGAGGAUGUGGCAUACUGAUCCAGAAAUUCCAGAAAAGAAGGACUGUGGCACCUCUAUUGGACCUGAGGACAAAUCAGCAGGUCCUGUGGUCUCUAUGAACACUUUAGUGACAUUGUACAAACACUUACAACCUCAAAACAAACUAUAAAACCUAAUGCAAGACGAUAAAAGGAGCAUGUUUGGUCUUGGCCCUUGAAGAACAGAAAGUGGAUCCUCAAAUCCUCAACGUAAACUCAUUUUAACAGUAUGUAGAAGACCCUGUCUCCCUCUAAAGGCUUAACAGUCCGUACUGGCUACAGGGUCUCCACCGAGGCUUUAAAGAUGGCCGGUUGCCGUGUGAUCCUUCAUCAGUGCAACCUUAAAACGAUGACUCGUCUGAUGCUACAGUAGGUUGGACACAUCAGGAUGGUGGAGCGGCCGUCUCAGCUUUCCUCUGUUUUCUAGACAGCCAGCCAUAUGUACAGUUCAAACUUCACGCUCUGUUGAAAAUAAUGUCAAAAACAUGUUAAAAUGCAUUGUACAAAGAUGAAAAAGCAACAUUUACUCAAAAGGAAAAUUCUCACUGUAGAGUGCAAAAAAAAAAAAAAAAUCAUAAGACGCAUGCUGACCGCAGUAGACAGACACGCUGGGUAAACUUUAUAUGGAAUACUAUGGGACGAAUAAGCUGACCUGCAGCACAGGUGAAGGCUUUAUGCAUACUGUAAAGGCCCGGUCACACCAGCAUUUAAAGGUCCAGUGUGUAACAUUUCAGAGACUCUGGUGGCAGAAACUGAAUAUAAUAUCCACAUGUAUGUUUUCAAUAGUGUAUAAUCACCUGAAUGUAGGAAUCAUUCUGUUUAUGUUACCUUAGAAUGAGCCGUUUCUAUCAGUCACUUUCUACGUUGAACCGCCCCUAUUGUUAAAGUAGCCCAGAAGGGACAAACCCUUCUGAUUGCAAUCUGCAAUCACUCCACUGGAUGCCACUAAAUCCUGCACACUGGUCCUUUUUAAAACAGCAACUGUUUUUGCAGCGAAGUCAGUUCAUUUAUAUGAAAUCUGUGGCUUUGCUUGCAGGCGUGAAGGAAAUCUGCUUAAUGUAGGGUUACACUGGUGAACUUUGACAUGCAGUUUCCCUCCACUGACCAAUAGCAAACCACCUGACUUUUAUUUAACGUUGUCCACUGGAGUGUAAACCGCUCCACAGAAGAGGAAUGGAUUGCAGACAGUAACGAGAACAGGAGCUGAUAAUACAAAUAAACGUAGCGAACAAGCUAUUUAACCGACAGUUAGCAUGCUAGCGAGCUCAGAGAGCUUUUUGUCCUGCCAGUAGGGGGUGCCCUACCUCAGUACAAAGAAACUCUGAGGGUUAUUGCGACUGACCUAUUUUUGCAAAGUCGUGCAGAUAAAUUUCGCUGUGUCACUCUCUGGUGUGACCGAGCCUUAAGAAGGAUUCAACCACAAAAUGUGUUGAGUUCAAAUCAUCAGUUUUAGUCAUAUUUUUGAUUGACCGUGUGAAACUGGCCGUAAAUGUAGCCCUCAUACAUCUGUUCCCUCUGGUCUUCAACAUAUUUCACUGUGUAGAAACACUAAGUUGGUCUCCACGCUGUUGACUGCAGCCUUUUCGUUGAGUCGCUCUUUAGCAGGAGUUACCGAGCUGAUUCAUGGCUGCGUCAGUGCGUGUCGACAGGGCAUCCACACCUGGGAAUAAUGACUCUGCGCCGUCUCAUUUAAAACACGCGUGGAGGAAGAAGCUGGAAGCUGCUGGAGGCGACUCGGUAACGUUGCAGGUGCAUAAAGAUGGCAGCUCACUGGUGGAGCGGUCAGUAAUUUAUUUGAAAAAUGAUGAAGAAAUACAAAGUAAGCAGGUGGUCCUACCUGGAGCGGCAAAUAAUGCUGUGGUUUUAGGAUACGUUUGAAGAUAAGUUCCACGGCAAAAACUCUCCAUCUUAUCAAGUAACUGUUGUUAAUCACUGGACUGAUCUAUCGGACUUUAUCAGCGUAUUGCAGAUAUAUAAGGAUCAUCUCUUCAUUGUCUACCAGGCAGUUUGUUUUUCAUCUGUAAAGUUACUGUGGGGUUGCAACAAACGUAUUGAUAACUCUAUACUAUAUAUAGUUUUGUCCCUAAAAUGACACAACAUUUUUAGAAAUAUUGAUUAGAAUUGAAUAUAAUUUAAUUUAGGAGCUGAACAUGACAAAUUUAAAAUAGCUUGUGUCUUGCAACCAUUAGUCCAAAAACCCUGAAUAUUCAGUUUACUAUCAAUUACCACAAAGAAAUACAGUAAAUCUUUACAUUUGAAAAGCAAAUGAUUGAAACAAUGAAUCAUUAUACCUGCUGAUUAGUUUUUGUUGACUGACCAGUGGAUUCACUGGCUGAUUGAUUCUGUUCUGCAGUUCUGUCUUUCCUGAUAGAGACAGUGAUUUGUUGGAUUAUUACUGGAAACAGCUUCAUAUAAUCUUCCCACAGACUUUUAAGGACACAGUAAUUGACUCAAUGGUCGUGAUGGAGAUGUUUUUGCUGUGAAGCCGUCACGUUUUAUGCACAAACAUUCCAGCUUCUUGCAUCAUGAAAGCAGCGUUUGGAUGCAUCAAAAGUAGAACGUUACGUUGAUGUAGGUGUUUGUGACAGAUGAUGAAGACACCUUUUUUUUUUUUUCUAAUGCGGCUCUGUGGAGGCAGAAUAUCAAAUAAAGGUGAAACAGGAGCUGGUAACAAAAAACACUGUAAAUGUCCCAGUUUGACUUUACAGCACGUGAAGCCUGUUGCAGUGAAAUGUGGACAUUAAUGUUCUGUUCUGACCCCUUUUACAUUAUUCAUGUGCAAGCAGUUCAUUUCAUCAGCUGUUCAUUGAGGAAAGUCAAGGAAUCUUGUACUCUGACCUUUUUUUCUUUGCUUUGGAAAUCAGUUUUUGUCCUUUUACUGAUGUGCAACCUGUUUGUUUGAAAAGUGUGCACAAAUGAACUGAAUGUUGAUUUCAGCUUAAAUGUAAAACACUUUUUUUCUUCUUCUGAACCAUACGCACAGUCCCGACUUACCACUGAAAAUAACCUUUCUAAAAAAAAAGUUUUCUUUUGUAUGCCAUCAUAUGACUAUGACACCGGACGAGAUUGUGUUUUGAUGAUUUUUAAGUGCAAUAUAUUUAUUUUGCUCUCUGGAAAUAAUGUGUAAUGUACUAUGCCGCAUUUAAAAAUAGUUAUUUGUAAACCUUGAAAAAAUAUAUAUCACCACCCAAACUCUCUUUUGUUCACUGACUGACAUCAUGUACACGCUUCUCUCUCAAUGAAUCACAGAUUGUCAAAAAUAAAUGAAAUCAUGAAAUAAUUUAAAAAACCACAACUGAAACAUAUUUAUUAAGGUUGGUGUAGAUUCAGUGAGCCUGUUUUAUGAUUCUGUUUAAAAGGUAAAACUGAUUCUGCGACAUUUUCUACCUCCAUCUGAGUAAUCCAUCUAUCUCUUUUUCACAUGUAAUAAUUUAUGAGGCUAUUUCAAUAAUUGUGUGUAUUAAAGUUUAUGGGAUAAAAUAUUAAAUGUCAAAAGGCCAAAACAGAAAUCCAAGAAGUUCAAUGUCACACAGAAAAAACACAAACUGUAUUCUCCCCUUUGUAUAAAGCUUCAUCAUGA